CAGUCUCCCCGCAACCCCCCUCUUAAAACGCCAUGCCUCCCAGGAUGCUAGUGGCACCACUGCCACUGCAUUUCCUGUUGGCAGCAGUGAGCAGUGAAAACCCGAAGCGGCAGCAGGCAGUGGCGACAGGCAGUGGCCCAGGCAGAAAUAGCUCCUGCGCGAUUCACUGGAACCUUCCCAGGGCCCUGGUCCUGGCUACCGGGACUCGCGCGUCCGGAUCUCGAAAGCGGCAGAGGCCACCGCAGGGACAGGAAGUACUUUGGUCCAGACCACACUCCCGGUACAGUGUGGAGAGAGCCGGUGGGAGCCACUCUGAUCCCGGACGCCUCAGCUCCCCCUUGGGCUCGAGCUUGCCCUCGGGCCGGGGAAAGAUGAUCGCGAUGCCAGGACGCGCUCCCCUCCACACCGUCCCGGGUGCUCUGGGCCCCUGGCUGCUGGGCUGCGUCUGGGCCUGGACCCUGUGCGGCCUGUGCAGCCUGGGGGCGGUGGGAGCCCCGCGCCCGUGCCAGGCGCCACAGCAGUGGGAGGGGCGCCAGGUUAUGUACCAGCAAAGUAGCGGGCGCAACAGCCGCGCCCUGCUUUCCUACGACGGGCUCAACCAGCGCCUGCGGGUGCUGGACGAGAGGAAGGCGCUGAUCCCCUGCAAGAGAUUAUUUGAAUAUAUUUUGCUGUAUAAGGAUGGAGUGAUGUUUCAGAUUGAGCAAGCCACCAAGCAGUGCUCGAAGAUGACCCUGACAGAGCCCUGGGACCCUCUUGACAUUCCUCAGAACUCCACCUUUGAAGACCAGUACUCCAUCGGGGGUCCCCAGGAGCAGAUUAUGGUCCAGGAGUGGUCGGACAGAAAGUCAGCUAGAUCCUAUGAAACCUGGAUUGGCAUCUAUACAGUCAAAGAUUGCUAUCCUGUCCAGGAAACCUUUACCAAAAACUACAGUGUGAUAUUGUCCACGCGGUUUUUUGACAUCCAGCUGGGUAUUAAAGACCCCUCGGUGUUUACCCCUCCAAGCACGUGCCAGAUAGCCCAACUGGAGAAGAUGAGCGAAGACUGCUCCUGGUGAACCUGCGCAUAGGGAAGUGGCAGCAUCGGUUGUCAGCCCCCUGUGGUCCCAGCUGGAAAUAGAUAUGAGACUAGUCAAGAUGAGAAUGCUAAUUGGAGAGAAAUAUAAUUUCAGGAAGAUGCACAUUGAUGUGGGGUUUUGAUAUGUCUGAUUUUGACUACUCAAGCUAUGUUAACAGAAGAAAAUUGAAUGGCGAGGGUGUGGCCAUAUGAGCUAACUGUGGCUAAUAUGGACACUUUGGGUAUUUCUAAUGCCUGUUCAGGGCUGGUUUUCUGCAUGCACAGGUAUAUACACAGUGCAGUGCCAUGCAAAUAGGGAGGGGUCAGUAAGAGAAGUUUGUCUUGGCAGCAAGUAUUUAUUGUUGACAUUAUUCAGAAUUGGUGGUGAUAAUAAAAAGCAGAGGGAUUUUGGUCAAUUUUAUUAUUAAUUCUUAAGUUUCCUGCAGAGAAUGCCCCCUUUACUGCUGCACCGGGGUGGGCAUUGCUCCCACUGAGCCCUACUCCACCCUGCCCCUGCACUCCCUUGGUUGCCAAAUAAAUGAUACCUUAAAUCCCUUCCAGACUGAAGAAUUGUAUGGCAUGACCCAAUUGAUAUAAACAUUUGGAAGGAUAUGAAAAGCUAAAAUAGAAAGUAAUUAUUCCUCUAAAGAAACAUUUUAAGCAAGACAGUUUAGAGAAUCCUAAUGUCUACACUGGUAAAGCGCGAGCCAUGUAAGCUUCUUUUUUUGUCUAUGCAAGAGUAUUGAUGUAUGUGCUGAAUCUUCAGAGACUUGUCAAUACACAGGCACUAUUCUAAAAUAGCACUGAACUGGGAAUCAGGAGACUAUUGUCUCCUAAACCCAGGACUAGAGUUCCCUUGUACUCUCACUCCUUUGGUCAUUAAAUGCACUGGACUUGCCCUCGCUUUGGCCUUCCUAGAACGCUGCUUCAUAACCUGUCUGUCUGACUUCUGCAUCUCCUUCCAUGUCAGCUCAUUCACAAGAGCUGCUCCCAAGCCUGGAUGAGUUGCACCUUGCAUCUUGAGCAUGCAUUUCUCACAAUAAUUAUUAAGCUGUGUGAUAAUUUCUGCUUUCAGAACAUUGUCAUCCAUUAUCUUGGCUGUGAGCUCCUUGGGUACGGGUACCUUGUAUGUUUACUUUUAUAUCCCUAGCACCAAGCAAGUGCCUGGCACGUGGUCAGUGCCCUAAGUAUAUGUAGAGUGAAGAAUGCCAGCCUCUCUUGUCCCUGGUUUCUUUAUGUGUUAAAUGUGGUUGAGUUUGUCCAUUGCUAGGGAGAGACUUCCAGUAAUAAAAUUUACUAUUCUAGGUUAUUCUACUGUUAUGUUUUAUCUGCCCAUUUAUCUUUUUUAGUUACCAGGAGAAAUGUAUGACACCUAUAUUAUGAUGAAAACAAUCUUAUUACUCACAGUUUAUCUAUAUUAAACAAAUCUAAUUGCAUUUUAAAGCAUUCUUUGAUAUUAUUGCUUUUGUAAUAAAUAUGGAUAAUCUUGGUUAUAAGGGAGUUAAAACAAUGCUCCAAUAAAUAAAGUGCUUCAUGUGAUCAAAAUCAAA